GUCAGCAAACGCCUGAGGGGUGAGGUUGGUCUCCUCUUCACCAACCGCUCCAGGGAGGAGGUGGAUGAGUGGUUCUCCAAAUUCAAAGAGGUGGACUUUGCCCGCGCGGGGAACAAGGCGACGUAUGCGGUGAACCUGGACACAGGGCCCUUGGAGCAGUUCCCCCACUCCAUGGAGCCUCAGUUACGGCAGCUGGGGUUGCCGACGGCCUUAAAGAAAGGAGUGGUGACGCUACUUUCAGAUUACGAAGUCUGCAAAGAAGGAGACGUUCUCACCCCCGAGCAAGCCCGCGUCCUGAAACUCUUUGGCUACGAGAUGGCGGAGUUUAAAGUCACCAUCAAAUUCCUCUGGAAUUCUGAGACGGGAGAAUUCCAGAAGCUUGUGGGAAACACAGCGGAGGAGGAGGAAGAGGAGGAUGACGAUGAUGAUGACAGCAGUGAGGACUAG